CAUUGCUUAGUUUAUUUCCUAUCUGACUCUAAGGAGAAAAACUUCAAAUGUAUUAAACAGGUAAAGACACGUUUGAACAUCUGAUGUAGAAAGUGGAGUGACUGGCUGGUUUUGGAGCGGAAGUGAUGGACUAGUAAGAUCUCCACAGAAGAUCCUAAAGAAGUCAUGUCAGCUGGGAAUGAAGAACUACCAGCAACACAGACAGGGCCCAAAGGGGUAAUUCACGACUGGAGAAAGUUUAAACUAGAGAGUGAGGAUCAUGACAGCAUCCCACCUAACAAGAGAGAGCUGCUUAGACAGAUGUCCAACCCAAAAUCCAGUUAUGUUGAUGACACACAAGAACUGAUCAACCGCAAGAUGAGCAUGCAGGAAUACGAGUUGAUCCAAGAAGAGGAUGAAAGUUGUCUGCGUAAGUAUCGCAAGCAGUGUAUGCAGGAGAUGCAUGAGCGCUUGAGCUUUGCCCCCAAGUUUGAUGGCGUUUUUGAGUUGGAAAACGGGGAGGCUUUUCUGGAGGCCAUCGAGAAGGAACAUCGCCUGACCCUGGUAGUGGUGCACAUCUACGAUGACGGGAUUAAAGGUUGCGACGCGCUCAACAAUUGCCUGACUUGCCUUGCAGCGGAGUAUUCUAGCGUGAAAUUCUGCCGCAUACGGGCUUUUGCUACAGGGGCAGGUGAGCGUUUUUCGGAUGACGUUCUGCCUGCUCUGCUGGUGUACAAGGCUGGAGAGCUGCUGGGUAACUUCCUGUCCAUUACAAAGCACAUGAACGAGGAGUUCUUCGCCACAGAUGUGGAGAACUUCUUAAAUGCGUAUGGUCUGCUACCAGAAAAAGAGUUUGCAGCCUGUCCCGAUGAAGAUGACAACGCCGACGUGGAAUGAAGCUUUUAAACUUUAAAAGGUUAAACCAGUCAUCUAGUUGCCUGACUAAUAGAGAUCCUGUUGACGCUAUGAAGACUUCAGAACUUGAUAUAAAUGUAAAUAUAGCAUCUCUAUUGUAUAUCAAGCUAGUAAUUGCUUAACGAAUAAAAUAAAGCAAUAAACCCCGAGAAGCAGUACCAGUGCAUUUUAUAACAGCUAAGGGGCGUUGUUAGGCACGACGCGAAGCGGAGUAAACCCCCUUAGCUGUUAUAAAAUGCACUGGUAACCCAACGCUUCGAGGGGUUUAUUGCGUUUAUAAAACGGUUACUUCAUAUGCAUAACGUUAGCGGGAUUUUAUAAAAUAAAACCCAAAAAAGUUGUAAUUAUAUUAGUACAAAUAUUACUCUUCCGCCGAACAAAGUAGUUCCUCAGAAUCAAGUGUGACUGAAACAGAGCGCAGUUCCCAACCAACACAGACACAGCAAAGACACAAUGAAAAUAUGAUUUAAGACUGUGGUGUUUAUUUUAUAAAUCACCAUUCAUCUAAUUUAUACAUUAACAUUUAUAUCGUGCAACUGUUGAAGUGAUGAUCAAAUAUGCUUGGAAGCAUGCUGAACUCUUUCCCUGUCAGCGUUUUUUUUUUUUUAAGUUGCCACCCAGUUUUAGUUUAAUGCCUUCCAGAAAAUUAUCUUCUUUAUAUAAACAUAAAAUAUCAAAUUAAAGAACAGACCAUCCGCUUUGAAACAAAAACAAACAAAAAAACAUUUCAUCCUACCUUCAUUUGAUCUCUUAUCACCUCUCAAAUUUUUUUAUUAAAAGCGGAGAUAUUUCCAUUUUUGUGAAGAACUUUAGUAAGAGAUCAGAUUCAGAUGGAGCCAUGAACAGUAUUACACGGUGUUUUCAGUGAAUGCGUCAGUGUUUAAGUUGGGUAAGAUCGCCACCCAGUGGAUAAUAGCGGACGUAUGAACUUGAGUUAUAAAAUCCUCAGACAACGUUUUCUCUUUAUCGACGAGAUGACUCAACAAUAUUUAUGGACAUUCAUCUGGAUAUCGCCAUUAAUUGUGCAAUUGUAGACAAAUUAAAAAUAUGAUUUAAGACUGUGGUGUUUAUUUUCAUAAAUCAAUACGCAGUAACAGUGGCGCAGUGAUACUUAUGUAAUGUGGUCUGAACCGUGAGUUUACCGGUGUAUUUUAUCACGGCUUAGAACGCGUUUCAACCAAUCAGAAUGAAGAACCAGAACUGCCCGUUUUAUAAUAAAUGUUUUACCUUAUAAGAAGAAUGUUUGACUUUACGUUGCAGUUCUUCACUACAUGAAAUUCGAGUUACAUUCUUUCAUAUAGACUACCUUACAAAAAUGGACCCAUAUUCACUUUUUUAUGUCAUCAUGAAUAUCUGGUUACUUUUGUGCAACAAAGGCCCUUCCAUAAAACAAGUCCUGACAAGCAACCAACACACACCACAGGAUUACAGGUUUAUCCACAUGCGGAUGUGUUUAUUUGGUGGUUCAGGGGAAUGUGGUUUAAGUGUAUUGAAUUGACAGUUAAAGGUCCCGUUCUUUCAUUUUUUUUUUUUUUUUUUUUUUGAAGCUUUGAUUGUGUUUACAGUGCGCAAUGUAACAUGUUCAUGUUUCACGUGUAAAAAAAGCGGUAUUUUUCACACAUUUUACUUAUCUGUAUAGCGUUGUUUUCACUGUCCUCAA